GAAACAGCUGCAAGCGGAUACUCAACAUCAACAAGCUGUAUGAGGCAUCAGUAAAGAAGAAGGGAUUUGACGAGGAGAGGAGAGGAAGGGAGUUCCUGUCGUUUUUUCCUCCUCCUUGGCUUCUUCAUCCCCACAACACACAACGUGCAGCCUCGCAUGAAUAUCCUACAAGUGGCGGAGCGAUGCUUUAGCUGAGCCAUUUGGUGAUUUUUAUAUAUUUUAUUUUCUAUCCUACUCUCCAGCUCAGCUCUGCAGCCAGACGACUCUGUAAUUCCGAGCAGCAGCAAUCUCCCAAACAUCUGCGGGCGCUUUCUGGAAGGGAGAUGGCUGUUUUCCGGCUGUCGCUGCUGCUGCAAGUGGGAUUUGUGAUCGGAUCAAACCAUAAAUACGCGGAAUGGUCCGCGCACGGGGAAGAUACCGGAGCACGGGCGGAGGUUUACGGCGCUCAGACGCACCGUCGGCAGCUGGCGCAUCUCCGCGCGCCUCAUCCUCCUCCUGCUGCCGGGGAGACGGCGGAGCUGGCGCAGCAAAUCGAGGAGAGUCUCCCCCGGGUGGUCACGGCUUUCCUGCACACGGGGGACUCGACCACCUUGAAACACGCCAACUGCUCGCGGAGGUACGAGCUCGCCUCCCUGCGGGGAAGGUCACACGCCGCCCCGCAUCACUCCAUGGGCAGCGUGCUGGACACGGUGCUGCACGCCACCAACUUCCUCAACGUGGUCCUGCAAACCAACAGGUCCAGGGAGCAGAGUCUCCGGCGAGACAUUGAGUGGUACCAUGCCCUGGUGAGGAGUAUACUGGAGGGAGACGCCAAGAUCCACCGGGCUGUGGUCACUUUCAGCGCGGAUUCAGCCGUGGCAGGGCCCUCGAUGCUCCUCCAAGCCACCAGGGCCGGUGGAGAGAUCGUCCUGCAGGACCUCUCCAGCGUGGCCCACCACCAUCUGCACAACCGCACAGCGGACACAGAGUGGUACCACGAGGUCAAAGACAGGAAGAAGCCCACUUUCCAUAAGAGGGUGCUGAGCCAAGACUUUAAAUCAGUUGACAGUUCUUUGAGCAGAGGAGAGAGUUUCAUCCCCGACAAGACGCACGUGAAAUGGUCUGCUCCCUACCUGGAGUGUGAGAAUGGGAAUUUUGCUCCUCGGUGGCUUUUGACCCUAUCGGCUGCUUUCUACGGCCUCAGGAACAACCUGGCUCCUGAGUUCAGGGGCGUGGUGCGAGUGGACAUUAAUCUUCAGGAUGUUGAUAUCGACCAGUGCUCCACUGACGGCUGGUUUGCUGGAACCCAUCGAUGCAACCUGACCACCAUGGAGUGUUUGCCGAUUCGUGGUCAAGGAUUCGUCUUGGACAAAUACAAGUGUCACUGCAAGAAAGGAUUCUAUCAUCCCAACAGAGUCGCUGUCAAUGGCUUCACACGGACGGGGAAGAAGGGGAAAGCAGCAGACAGCGGUCCCAACGCGGACGAGGCGUCCUCCAGCGACUGUCUGCCGUGCCAGCAGGGCUGCGCCUUCUGCAAGGACGACACCCCCUGCGUGGCCCGAGAGGACGGCGCCCUGCGCAUGGCCGUGGUCUCCUUCCAGUGCCUCUGCAUGCUGAUCGUCUUCAUUAGCAUGGUGCUCGUCUACUACUUCCGCAGGAAUAAGAGUAUCAGAGCGUCUGGUCUCGUCCUGCUGGAGGCCAUCCUGUGUGGAGCCCUGCUUCUCUACUUCCCGGUCGGGAUUCUUUACUUCCAGCCGAGUGUUUUCCGAUGCAUCCUGCUGCGAUGGGUCCGACUGCUGGGUUUUGCCACCGUCUACGGGACUCUGACUCUGAAGUUGUACAGGGUGCUGAAGGUGUUCCUCUCCCGGACAGCCCAGAGGAUCCCCUACAUGACCAGCUGGCGAGUGCUGCGUCUGCUGGGCAUCAUCCUCCUCAUCGUCUGCUGGUUCCUGGUGGCGUGGACAUCUGCCGUGUGUCAGAACCCGGACAGGAAGUCCACUCUCAUCGACGUGGGCUACACGCCCGACGGGCUGCAGUUCAGCAUGUGUCUGCUGGACCGCUGGGACUACAUGAUGGCUGUCGCCGAGUUCCUCUUCCUGCUGUGGGCAGUGUACCUGUGCUACGCCGUGAGGACGGUGCCGUCGGCGUUCCACGAGCCUCGCUACAUGGCCAUCGCCGUUCACAACGAGCUCGUCCUCUCAGCGAUAUUCCAUGUGAUCAGGUUCACUCUUGCCCCUGAGCUCCAUCCAGACUGGAUGCUGCUGCUGUUCUUCACCCACACCCACCUGACUGUCACAGUGACACUGGGUCUGCUUCUCAUUCCUAAGUUCCUGUUUGCUGGCGCCCACAUGAGAGACGAUAUAGCCUCUGAGGCCUACGAGGACGAGCUGGACAUGGGUCGAUCUGGGUCGUACCUAAACAGCAGCAUAACCUCUGCAUGGAGCGAACACAGUUUGGACCCUGAGGACAUUCGGACACCAGACGAAAUGGGCCCUCUCAGUUCUAUUAAUGGCUGUGGCGUAAGGCCUUGUGACAGUCAUUGGGAAAAACGUACCAACGAGGAGUUGAAGAAGCUCUACUCCCAGUUGGAGAUUUACAAGAGGAAGAAGAUGCUGGCGAACAAUCCUCAUCUCCAGAAGAAACGCAGCUCCAAGAAAGGGCUGGGUCGCUCGCUGAUGAGGCGCAUCACCGAAAUCCCUGAAUCUGUGCACCGUCAAUGCAGCCGGGACGACAAGGAGUCGGGGGAGCAUGGGAGCAAUCGUAACAGCAUUUGCAUGUUGAAAAAGAACCCUUUCGAUCCGCCUCACCCAGGAAAACCAGCCAAGGAGGAGACGCUGAAGAACAAGGUUUUCUCCCUGAAGAAGUCCCACAGUAGCUACGACCACGUCCGCGACCAGAACGAAGACUCCAACAGCUCGACAACAGACAAGAUGGAGGUGACCCCGGCUGAAGGAUCCCUCCUGGAUACCCUUAUGGGCAAGAAACUGGUCAAGAAGAAAUCUAGUGAGAAUGUAUGUGUCCCCAGCGAAUCUACAGAAUGUGUCCCUUUGGUCUGCAAGUCUGCCAGCGCCCAUAACCUCACCGCAGACAAGAAACCAAUUCAUCCGAAGGCUUCAAUGCUGCAGAAGUCACUCAGUGUCAUCGCCAGUGCCAAAGAGAAGACUUUGGGUUUGACAGGAAAGGCCCAGAUAGCAGAGGACAGCAAUAAGAAGAGUCAGUCAAAGAGCAAAGAGACAAGGGCCAGUGCAGAGCCAGAAAACGAAGGCCCGUCUAAGAUGAUUAUCAGCCAGUCGGUUGAGUACAAACAGACUGUGGCAAAAGGUACGAUCAUGAAACAGCCGGUUAGCGGUAGCGAGCCAACAAUCUGUUCCGAUCCAGUCAAGGGAAAGGACCUCUACGAUCUCUCAGAGGUUUGCCCCUGGGAAGUGGAAGAUGUCCCAACUCCAUCUGAAAACAAAGUCAUAAAGCACGUAUCUAUCGCACCAAAGGAAACCACGACAGUUCACGGAGGGAGCACCAAGGGAGGCAAAUCUCAGCAGCAGAAGCAGAAAGCGUCUGAUCACUCGAGUGGCAGGAAUUCAAAGGAGAUUCAGAAGACGACUGCUGUUCGGGCAGAGGUUUGUCCAUGGGAGGACGGAGGUGAGAGUAACGUUAGUCAAGGGGAAGGGUCAAAGCAACAAUUAUCUAGUCAGACUAGUCAAUUUGCUAAAACCCAGCAGCCUCAUUCUGCAGUGGAAAGCUCCAAAACAGCUCGGGUAGACAUUUGUCCUUGGGACUUUGACGAGCCUCAAACGACAACAGAAGUGUCUUGCUCAUCAGAUACGACAAAGCAGAAAAAGAGCACAUCUCCAGUGGACUGUAGAGGGAAAAGUAUCCUUUCAGAUCCAUCCAAAGUAGGAGGCUCACUCCAGCCACCAACUAAAGUUGAUGUGUGUCCCUGGGACUAUGACAGUACCGCAGUAUCUCCAAAUUCUGAGACGACGCCUAGUCCCUCUCAAGUUGCCAAAACCAAGGAAGACCUUUCAAAAAAGAAGGCUACCCCUUCCACAAGAACACUUGACAAAGAGAAAUCAAAAGACAUUGAUGAGAAAAGUAGAACAAAAUCUAAGGACAAGAGUAAAUCGUCAGAGAGACACGCAAGCCCGCAAAAACUGGCCGAGGUUUGUCCCUGGGAUGUAGAGAGUCAGCAGGAGGUACCGCUGGUGGAAAAAAGGAAAAGCGCAAAUGUUGGAGCAGCCAAACCAAAACCGGCUGAAGUCUGUCCAUGGGAGUUUGAGGAUACGUCAGCUAAUAAAGGUACAGACAAAAGUGCUUCUGUGGUCAAACAGAGCAAUCCAAACCCUAAAGGCGGCGUCGAAACUGCUGCUAAAAAGGCAGAUGUUUGUCCCUGGGACUUUGAGGAAAGCGCAUCAAGCAAGCAGGCAUGACACUAAAACCUUAACGGACUUCUGAAAUUAUAGUUAUUGAUGUACACUUUUUUUCACUUUGAAAAUCGUUAAAUAUUACCUUUUACUAUUAGUCUGGUGACUUGGAAGAAAAGUAGAUCAAACUCCACAAGUUGCCUUCCUUUCCGAGGUUUUGUUCCUGUUUUACCUAUUUUGAAAAUAAGUAAAAUGUACAAAAAAACAACGUCGUGACGAGCAUUCCAGAUUAUUACAGGAACAUCCUGAAGUUAAAUUGUAGACAAAUUAUGCAACUUUUGAUUCAGCCUUUUCACUUCAUGAGCAAUGUUGAAAAUCUGCAUUUAUCAUGUUCUGUACUCAAGUUUUGUUUUUAGUGCAUUGACUUCAUUACUUCUUGGGCAAGGACAUGAAAUAAUGGUUUUGGAGAAAGAAUAUUGAACGUGAAUUAAGGUUUGAAGUAUGAUAAGAAACUGCAGAAGUGAACGCCAAAGAAAAUGGGAACAUUUUGCAAGGAGGGACGUCGGUCUUUAGGCGGUCAAGUUAAUUUAUUAGUUUGUGUCCAAAACCUUGGCAGAGAGGGAAGGACUCAGUGAGAAAAUCAAUCUAUAGCACUUUAGCCAACCCCAUUAAUUAAGAACUGAGGUCGGACUCUUGUUCUUCUUGUACACUUUGUAUUUUCAAGCUCAUGGCAUGAUACACACAACGACCAAAAUUAGACAUGUUUAUUUUGUUUAGACCUAUUUAAUUGUAGUUCUCGGCAGAUUAAAAUGCUUCCAGGUCUGCUGGGAUGUACUGUAUGUGCCUAACCAACUAGCAUUGUCUUGUAUUAGUCUGAAGUAAAGCGAAUGGGUUCAUCUUGUGACGUUGACUUUAUAGAAACAGCAUGCACAGCCAGGUAUCGAGGGUAGUCGGAUGCUACCAGUUUGUCGACCAAGGCAAUUAAUGUCUUGACAAGUGUAUAAUGUUGUUGUUUUAUUUUCCAAAAGCUCGUUCAGGUCGGUGAAGAUUAUAUGAGAGCAGCACUAAACAUGAAUGUGUGUUAACAUGACUCAUAUGUAUGCUGUAAAAAGUAGGGCCAGAGAAAUUAUGAGUGUGAAACUGGAGAAAAAUUAUUCGCACCAGCUUUGUUUAUAAAUCCAGCAUGGGUUGUCUUUAGGUCGGCUUGUAACAAGUGUGUGUGUGUGUUUGAGUUUGUAUGAGAGUUAAUAAAGUUAAACUACUUUCCUUAACGAGUAACCUGCGGAGCGUAGACUGUAGCUGGGUCCUAAAUCACUCGCUAAUUACUACAUAGUCCACUAUAUAGUGAGUUCGCCAUUUUCUAGUGCUGUCCGAUUGUUUAGGGAUUUUUUAAUAUCCUAUAUUGUGCACUCAUUGUUUCCCACAAUGCAUUGUGAAAAAAAGUGUGAUGGUCACUGACUGAGCAAUAUAUACCAUCAUGCAUUGCGCUCGCGGGGCAGAGACGAGCGUGAGCAGCAGGAACAGGUCGACCUGUCGUACAAAUGUAAAAUACGAGCAGAGCAUCACAGCACAAACUGAGAAAAAGUUUAUUUCUACAUUAAAUGAUGGUCAUUCAACAUGUUUUUUACUUACGUAUUAAUACUUAAUGUAAAAUUACGUUGUUGUACGUCGUAAUCCUGCAACAAUGACGUAACUGGCGACAGGUAGUGUUCAAGAUCGUUUUUUUGGAUGAGCUCACUAUAUAGACCCUUAAUAGCAAAGUAGGGGUUCGUGAAUGAGUGGGUGAUUUCGGACACAGCCUGUACAUAAAGAUGGACGACAUUCCAACUCCCCAAAAUUUAAGCCUAAUCGUUUGGAUUGCCCCCUGGUGGCUGGCUGCAGUAUAUGUCAUAAACCCAGCCUCCUCCAUGUUAGUGGAUGGGACAUGGACCAAAUUAAAAAGUAAUUUUUCUCAGGUAGUUGGGUAGUGGUUAUCACACGGAUGUACUGUAUGUUCAAGUUUUUAUUUAAGGUUUUAAUUAGUUAUUUGAUGCUAUAAAAACAGAGAUUGAUUUGCGAUAGGCCGACCUCGGUACUGCACGGACUCUGGUUCCAAGUGAUCUUGCAAGUUCAAGAUGGCCGUGUGUAUACCCGGAAUAAUUUAGCUUCAGGUUUGUACGAGGGGAAGUUGAGUCCAUCUUUAUUUACAGUCUGUUCUCUGGAGUCUGAUUCAUGAUCAAGUCCUAACAGCUCCUGUUUUUUCCUCAAAGGUUGAAUUUGCCACAACUCAGUUUACAAACAGCUGAUGGGAAUCACUGCUUUAAAAGUAAUUCUGGUUUUUUAUAACUUUUAUUUUUAGCUCUUGGCCAUGAUUUCUGUCAGUAUCAGUAACAUUCUACUAACAAAUUCAGGUUAUGAGUCAUGUUUAAUGAGUCGUUAAUUGAUUUACAGCCGCGUCGAUCUCAUCCCUGUUUUCACCCAUUUCUGUGGCCAUUGUUCUGUUGCCACUUUCUGUGGAUGAAGCUAUUUAUACGGCUCUGGCACCAGAAGACAAUGGCCCUGCUCGUAAUCCCACCUCGGGAGAAGGGAAACCACAGCACCACAACUAUUUACUCUAAAUUACCUCUGAAUAAAAUGGUUUAUAUGAGCUAUUAUUACUGUCGCUUUGUUUCCAGACCCGAGUAAAUCCUUUGGUUAGUAUAAUAUUACGAUAACUGACAGAAACAAUGGCCAUUUACACAAAUAAAACAUGUCUUUUGUUUGACCAAUGAUACUGAAGGAUAAUUAUGAUUGUUCAGUGUUGAAAGUUCACAAGUAGCAUAUUUGCAUGUUCCUCCCUGUUUAAUGCAAAGUAGGCUAAAACCCAACCGAUUAAUUACGCUAAUAACUUUAGAUUAGACUUAGCAACGUGGUUUUUCAAUUUUUCAUUUGACUAAACCUUUUGAAGGUUUUGAUUUGUUUCCUCGUUUUGCAUCAAAAUGUCUAAAUAUUCAUCACUCUCCAUCCUGGGAUCACAGUGGAAAAAAAAUAUAGAAAUUUCCCACUUAUAUUCAAAAUAAACACCUGAGAAAAUAUUUGCAGUAAUGUGAGUAUCAAUAUAGCAUCUACAGUACUUUAUGGUAUCUUGUGAGAAUUACAUGGUAUCACUGAAUGUCGUCACUGAGUGUAAUUAUCUGUAAUUGCUGUCAAAAUUCCUCUCGACAUGAUAUACGACCUCUGUAAGAGUCCUUACUAACUGUGAGAUAGGAAAAAAAAAUCUGUGCUUGUCAGUGAGAAUUUUACUUUGAAGUCCUCAUUCGAUUAAACACGGUUCGUAAACUGCUAAAUUUCUGUAGCUCAUCCCAACGGAAAACAGUCCAGUGACAAAUAUUUGUAGCCGUUCUCAUCCGACGCGACUCCACAGCUCAACCCCAUGAACAUGAUUUAGACGUCGGGUCUUAUAUCUGCCUCCGCCGACUGAGAAAUUACCUCUGUCAUUGACCUGGGGUGGGGUGGGGGCUUGUCUGAGAUAUUUAAAAUGUGGAGUGUUUGCCUUUCAGCGCAGGGUUUGUCAUCACCUCUGCUUUAUGAGCUACUUUAGGAACAAGGUCUGAGAGGAGCUGUCACCACGUCGGGAUUGAUUGUGAUGCUCUGAUGGAUCUAUAUGAUAUUUAUGAACCAGAUGUUCCGUGUCGUCCAUCAUGUGCCCUGUGGUCGCGGCUGCAGGAUCCUAUUACGUGAGAUUACCUGACCUCCUGUGUGACAGCAGCAACAUUUCAAAAGCCCCUCUCUGUUUUUUAAAACCGACUCUUCAGUCUUUGCAAUCACUGCCGCAUUAGAUUUUACUGCCCUGGGUGAUGAAUAAUAUGCCGUAUAUAUUUUCUGUCCUCGUAGGAAAGCUAUUUUAAAAGAGGGGAUGUGUUUAUUUCUUGAUAGUCACGUCGUGUUCCACAUGACCUCACACUGAGCUCUGAAGCCGCUGUGAUUUGGGUAAAAUUCAAUAUAUUUUAUUUUGGGAGAAAAAGCGCAAGUACAAGCAAUAUUUUAUAACAUUUUCAAGCAAAGAAGUCGUCGAAAAAAACAUUUUUAUCGGUUUGUGUUGAUUGUUUUAGCUUUUGCAGGUUUUGCCCGUGAGAUUUACAGAUCAGUGAUACAUGGAGCACAGAGGAAGGAACACUAAAGGCUCAUUUAUGCUGCUGUUACAUAUGAAAAGUGAUGAUGUACCGGUCACUGCCCACAUACUUUCAUGCGUCCUCUGCGUUGGCAUUGUUGUUGAGCGAAACAUCCACUAGAGGGCAGCACACAAGCAGCUGUUUGUGACUGUGCCCAGGCGAAGUAACAUCUUAUCGAUUCUUUUUUAAGUUCCGACAUCGUUGAAAUGUCUUUAUCGAGUUCUAUGUUCGUCUCACUCACCACUGGCUACACUGCCCCCCCACGAUUUCCAGUGGUACUGCACCGUUUCAUCUGUUUCGUCCGUAAGCUUUCAGAAGAUGUGCACGAAUACAGACGAUACGAGUGCAGGGUACCGCCUUGUUUCAACACCGCUCUGUCUCCGUGUGCAAGUGGAAGUUUAUUCAUUUCUUUGGCUUUGAGCCACCGGAAGUUAGCAUAAAAAUGAAUUAGCUAAAAAGCUAUUUCGUUCAAUUUAGUUAUUCGACGUUGUUGAUAGUCAGGGAGUGCAAGUGCAUAAUUAGAGGGCGGAGUCCAUAUAUGAAACGGACAAAAAACUCUGGCUCUGUUGUCAUUUCCGUAGCUAACGUUGAGCAUAAAUGAGCCUUUACGGUGCAAUAUCCCACCAUUAUACUAGGAAUAAUGUCACAGUUUUGCAUAGCAUUCGAUCUGCUCUGUUGUGUAGGUAGCAUGCUAGCCGUAGCAUCCCUCAGUUGAGUCAGUCCAUAGCGUCUGUGUAAACAUAACCAGCGUCCUACUGUCCGUCUCUCUGGAGAGUAUCAUUGUACUUUAGCCGUACUCAUCAAUGAAUCAGUAAAAGUUUGAAUCUCCGCCAUUUCACGUCCACAAAUCCAGACAGUUUGUCCUUGUAACACGUCGACGUAGACGACACCCGUGUCCCGUAGCUCUUCGUCCAGCGAUCGGAUCGUUGCCAUGGUGCGUUCUGUCGGCUGUUGCUGCUUUCAUCUCAAACCCCGACUUCCGUCUCCUCUUGUGACCAAACCGAGUCCGUCCGUCACCCGAUGGCAAACACAACUACUACUCUUGCUACUACUACUAUUCAAUGCUGUAACGUUGUAAAUCUUGCUCUUGUGGCUUCUGCAUGAAUUCAAGAAAUUAGUAGGACCGAUGUUUCACUGCCCUUGAUAGAACAAAAAAGAAGAAAAAAAAGGAUCUUUUAUGGACUGUUACAAGUUGUAUAGUGAGUGGUACUGUCCCUAACCCACUGUAUUAUGUGCUUGUUAUAAAUAUUGCUCUAUGACAAGCCUAUAGCAUCACUAUAUGGGAAUAUUUGGUAGAUUUAUAUUGUGUUAUAUUGUGAUAGCAUGUACAUAAAAGAUACCUCCUCUGCAAUAAAUAUUUAUACGAAAA